GGCGGCGGCGGCGGCGGCGGCGGCGGCGGUGAGUGAAGCCUAGUCGGCUGCUCCAGGAUGAGCCGCAGCCCCAGGAAGGGGAAGUAGAAGCCCAGCUGGCUCUGGCCAUGGCCUGUGAACCGCAGAUGGACCCCGGCGGGGCGGCCGGCCCUUUGCCCACCUCCUCCCCUGGCUGGAGCGCCCUGCAGCCGGGAAGCCCUCCUGGGUGGGGGCAAGAGCUCCACAACGGCCAGGUCCUCACCGUCCUCCGGGUCGACAAUACCUGUGCACCCAUGGCCUUCGACCUGGGAACCGCAGAGGAGCAACUGCAGACCUGGGGCAUUCAGGUCCCUGCUGACCAGUACAGGAGCUUGGCGGAGAGUGCCCUCUUGGAGCCCCAAGUGAGAAGAUACAUCAUCUACAAUUCGAGGCCCAUGCGGCUGGCCUUUGCCGUGGUGUUUUACGUGGUGAUCUGGGCCAACAUCUAUUCAACCAGCCAGAUGUUUGCCCUGGGCAGCCACUGGGCGGGCGUGCUUCUCGUGACCCUGGCCGCAGUCAGCCUGACCCUGACUCUCAUGCUGGUCUUCGAGAGGCAGCAGAGGAAGGCUAACACUAAUACAGACCUGAGGCUCACGGCUGCCAAUAGAGCCCUGCUGAGACACCGGGUGCUGCUGGGGGUGACGGAUACCGUGGAAGGGUGCCAGAGUGUGAUCCAGCUCUGGUUUGUCUACUUCGACCUGGAGGACUGCGUGCAGUUUUUGUCUGACCACGUUCAGGAGAUGAAGACUAACCAAGAGUCCUUGCUGAGAAGCAGACUGAGCCAGUUAUAUGUUGUCCUGGAGACGGGGGUGAGCCCCGCGAUGGCGGAGGGCCCCGAGAGCUCGGAGGAGGCUCCUCUCCUGCCCAGCAGUCCUCGUCCUCAGGAGAGACCGCUCGUGCAGACGGAGCUCCACCAGCUUGUUCCCGAGGCUGAGCCGGAGGUAACAGGCACUGAGACUGGGGGCCAUCCUCCUCCACACAGGCCGGGUGGCCGGGAAAUGGCCCGACAGCUGCUGGCAGUGUUUGGUGGCUACUACAUCCGACUCUUGGUGACCUCGCAGCUGCCCCAGGGAGUGGGGACACGGCACACAGACUCUCCCAGGAUCCCAUGCCCCUGCCAGCUCAUAGAAGCCCAGGUCCUGGGCACAGGGUGUUGUCCAUUCCUGGCCAGGUGACCUAGGGAAAAGAUCUUCAUCUGCUGUCAGGACUGAGAAGUGGAGGAGGCCUCAACAGCCCAGGAUGGCCAGGGGCAAGCCCCUGGUGAGGAGAGAAGCACGGGGGCCACACCAGACGGGGUCAGUCACACGGAUGCCAGGCUUGUGCCAGUGUCCCGCGCCUCACCGGCGUCCCUUGCUGACCCCUGGAGGGGCUGAAGCUGGUGGUUGUGAGCUGGUUCUGCCCCUGCUGUUCUCUGUGCGGCCUGGAUGGAAGUGUGGCCGUGGCUGAAGGGCCACCCUCAUUCCUUUCACCACCCAAAGAGCCCAGGAGAUGUGAAGAGGACCCGUCGGGGAAAGUCUUGUGUCCAGAGCUUGGUCUCAUGGUGCUCCUCUCCCCAGCCCCUUUGUGUCAGGUGGGGGAACCGAGGCUCAGGGUGGGCACUGCUCUUUGCCUCUGACCUCUGAAGUUGUGAGACUGCCUCUCUCCUCCCUGAAGAAGAGAAGCAGCUUCUCUGACUUUCCUCCAUUCCUAGGUUUUCUCCCCAUGUUGUCUCCACCACAGUGGCCCCUGGUUUGAGGUCUGCUAGCCUCAGGGCUCAGGACAGAAGCAGUAGACAAGGGGCAGAUGACCCUCCAGCAGGAAUGCCGGGAAGGGAUGGGUCCUUGUGGCGGCAGGACUGGUGUCGCCUGCCCGCCACUGUGAUUCACACUGCAGACACAGCACAGCUGUGUUUUCUGACACUAAUGUUGAAAUGUGAUCAGUCACUUGUGAAAUUCUGUGAAGAGUUCUGAGACCUCCGACUGACCUGCUCCCCCAAAUGUUUCAAGACCACUCGUUGCACAAUGCAAGUUCCCAGGCCCUGGCCUAGCAUGGAAGGCUCCCAGCCCCCAAGACUCAGCUUCGGCUGUCUCUCAAAACCCUUUUAUAAGUUGGAAUUCCUUUCUGAACGGGCGUACCCAUUCCUUUCUGUCUUGUGGACUCAUGCUUUAAAACCCCGCCUUCCCGAUCCCUCCUUCAGGGAGAUUAGCAACAAGCCCUGUUGCUGUCUCCUUUGAAUUCUUGACACAGUUGCUGCUUGGGUUGAAGUUUUAUGUUGCUGAUCUGGUUUUUCUGUGCAUAUGCCUGUUUUUUCUAGCUAGAUUGUAAACUUCUCAGGGUCCCAGAUGGCACCUUAUACUUUUUUUGUGCAUGACUUACACCUGCUAAAGAGAAAAGAAAAAAAAAAAAGAAAAGAAAACACAAAACCCUGUGGAUUGAUUUCUUCGCCGAUUCCAUACCAGAUUCCUCAAAUCUCUCUCCAGAUUGCUGGGGGUUGAGAACCGGGUCAUGAUGGACCUGCUUUCUGGUCUUGGCUUCCACUUCUAGGUGUUUAACUUUUGGCAAGUUGCUUUCUUUGACUGGUCCUCAGUUUACCCCUCUGAACGGUGGGUGGAUUAGGUGAUUGUUCAGGGCCCUCCCAGGACCAAAGCUUGUUCUGUCUGAUUUGGCUUCAUCUACAGGCCGAGAGGUCCUGCCGCCCUUCUUGGCUUUGGCGUGCGGGUUCUGUAUCCUGGUGUCCCUCCUCCCUGUCAGGAGGCCUGGAUUCUUGUCUCCCAUCUGCUGCUUCCUAGCUGUGUGACUUUGGCUAAGCCACUUACCCUCUCUUGAGUGUGAUUCUACUCCUUCAUCAAGUGGAUCUGGUGAACCUGAAGUCUAAUAAUGCAGGUCACUUGCCACCUGGGAGACAAACCUGUUAGUUUUUUUCUGUGCUGGAGAAGAGGGGUCAGGUAGGUGCAUAGACCCGCCCCGGGAGUGGCUGUGUUAAGUGUCUGUGUUUAGCCGUGUCCCAGGGCAGCUUUGUUCAGUGAAGCUGUUUACAAAGGUGAUCACCGUCUUUCUGAUCUAGUGUCACUGUGGAUGUGAUCAAUAGAAGCCUGUACUUAUCAUCCCAUCAUAAAACCCACAAAGUAUAACAACAGAAUAAAAACGGGUUUGCUAAAUGA